AACUACGAGAAAACGGUUGAGUCUGGGUACUACUUUCUAGUUGUCACAUGGUGCCUUACGCUGUACGGUCGAUGUAAAUUGGGAGAGGCUCUCGUUGUCAGUAAUCAGUUGAUCCAUCCAAGAUUGGAAGAAACCUUUCUGAACCAGUAACUUAAGCGAGAAUCAUCUCAAAGAGGCAUGGGCGAUUGGACAGAACUGCUGAGCUUGAAAGCCUGGCCGGAAAAGGGUGUAACAAAAGAAAUGAUGAACGUUCUUCCUAAAUUGCCGGCCCGGAAGGAGGAUAUCUUUAUUGCAUCAUAUCCAAGAUCAGGUUCCACUUGGACCCAGGAAAUUGUAUGGCAGAUUCUUCGAGAUGGUAAAAUCGACCGGCGUCGAUUGGAUGAACGAGUGCCUUUUGUAGAAGAGUUUAUUCUUGACGUCAAAUCAUAUCACUCCUCUGUGAUGGAUGCCAAGUCCGCCGAGAAAGUGUUUACCAGCUUCUCUGAGCCUCGUGUAUUCAAAACUCAUAUUCCUUAUUGCUUGGUCCCUAAGGGCUCUGAUGAAGCUAACAAGCCUCGAUACAUAUAUGUAGUGCGGAAUCCCAAAGAUGUGUUUGUGUCCCUGUAUCAUCACAGCCGCAACAUGCCGUAUGUAGUAGAAAUUCCCACCUGGGAUGAGGCCUUCCAAAGUUUUCUAAAAGGAGAUCAUGCAUAUGGCUCGCUAUUUGAUCACGUGUUAAGCUGGUGGAAGCAAAGGAACGAUCCCAACAUUUUUUUCCUUACAUACGAGGACAUAAUAAAGAAUCCAGCAGCUGCUGUUGACAAGAUAGCAAAGUUCAUUGGUAAAAAGAUCUCUCCUGAAACACGUGACCUCAUCGUCCGACAAACGUCCUUUGACGCCAUGAAGAGCUCCAGUCACACCAACUUUACUUGGUUUGAAGGAAUCAAGGGGGAUGGCUUUAUUAGAAAGGGUCAAGUAGGAGGAUGGAAAGAUUACUUCACUGAAGAACAAAAUGAGUUGUUUGAUAAGGUUUUCAGUGAAAAAGUUGGAGACGGUGAGACUGCAGCUAAAUUAAGGGAACUGCUGUCACUGUAGUAGCCCGGUAAUGAAACAGAAAGCAUUUCGUAAUAACAAACGCGGAGAACAAGACUUAAUCUUAACUUGAAGAAUAACUUAAGCUAGCAAUUUGAUUGUAAGUUUAAGGAUGAAGUUUACGACAGAGUAAACGGCUUAACUGAACUUACAUGUCACUGAGUUAUCUUAAUUAAUCCUAAAUCAGCACUAUCAUAAUAAAAAGAGACACUUGAAGUUCAUACCUAGACUGGCGUGAAAGGAAUGCGAAUACAUAUUUGCUGUUGCGUCUCAGAGACAAUUCACUUAAAUUCACUCUAACCUUGUUCAAGAUGACGAAUUCGAAACCGUAACCAGCCCAGGUAGGUUAUUUUUUCAAGGUACAAAAAUGUUCAUACUGUUAGAAGAAAAUUCAGGUUUCUCUAAUGCACUUAAGUCAGCCACUUUUUUCAUUCCUUAAGAGCUUAUUACAACUGAAAACUAGCUCUGAUCUAAUGGAAAAUUCUGGUCAUCAGCUUAUAAGGUGACAAUUACCAUGCUGUCAAUCUUUGACCAUCGUCAUCAUGUCACACUUGACCAACGAAUCACAUUAAGUACAUACAGCUUAUCUUGCAAACUAAGUAUUUUCCUUCGAAAUAUUUACCCUUGAAAGAAUGACUUCCUACCUUAAUAAAUUUUCAUACCUUCCCAGUUAAGAUCUGGUUAAACAAAAACAAGAUAAACAAUAUCAAAAUUUUUAUAUUUUU